GUGAGUAUGUGUACUAUUGGCAGCAACGUAAAUAAACUCGCCCAAGCACCGCACCGGAGUAAUUUAGGAAUUUACUCCAUGGAAGCACAGACAUGGACGCCAAAGAAGUGAAGCGGAUUUUGAAGGAGGCCAAGGAAGCCAUCAAGCAAAAGGACUCUAAAACAGCGGUCAAAUUGUGCAAGUCGGUGCUGAAGGAGGACAAGAACAACUAUGUCGCCCUCGUGUUGUUUGGGGCCUCUUUGCAAGAAUCAGACCAGCAUGAAGAGGCACCCAAGGCCUUCAAGAAGGCGAGCGAAAUAUCACCUGAUCUACCUCUGGCGUGGCAAGGACUUGUAUCCUAUUUUGAAAAGCAUGGCAAAACUCUCAACACUGAAUCUGAAACAGACCUUCUGAAAGCUUACACCCAUCUGAUACCACUUGAAGCCGACAACUUGAAAAAACAGGAAAUGACUAUGAAGCUUGCUGGACUAGCUGUUAAAUUACAAUCCGCAGCAGAGUGCUCAUCUGUAUUGUCGAGGCUGCCAACAGACAAGGAGACAGCAAGCACCAUGCAGAGGUGUCUUGUCAAAGCCCUUCUUCAAAUCAAAGAUCUCAAAGAGUCUGACACAUCUGUGCUUGCUGAAUCAUUAGAGUGUAUUGUGUCUGACUGGAAGAACAAUCGAAAAGGAAAUGACUAUGAUAUACAAGAUUUCUACCGUCAAUUCUUAAAAUGUUUGUAUCACUCUGGGGAACAUAAAAAGUUAGUUUAUGAAGCUCAAACCAUGGCUGAAACAUUUAGCAAAGACCCUUAUCCUUUGGAGUGGAUUUGUAAAUUGUGGGUGGAGUUUGUUGCUGAGGAGAAGAAUAUUGGUUUAUUGAAAGAUUCAAUUGACAACUAUGUGAGUAAGCUGGAAGUUGUCGGACCAUCAGCAAACAGUUCUAUCUACAUGGCCAGGGGAGCGAAAUAUUUAGUUGAGAAGGAACUGAGCAAAGCAAGAGAAGAGCUGACUAAAGCUGUUCAUACCAAGCAAGCCCCCUGGCAAGUUUAUCUGCUGCUGUCUCAUAUUGAAUUGAAAUUUGGGUGUGCUUUAGAGGGUCUGAGCUUGAUAAAUGAUGCUAAGAGCAAAUUGAAACAAGCUACAAGUGAACAGGAAUACUUACUUAAAAAAUGUGAGGCAGAGGCUUUGACUGCCACUAAGAGUCCAGAGAAAGUAGAAAAAGCAAUACAACUUUGUGAUGAGCUCUUAAGCACUAGGAUGUCAGAUGAGGUUCUCCAUUUGAUUCAUGCAAGAGCUUCUAUAUUGUUGACACGUUAUGAAGAAGCUCAAGUGCAUCUCACCGAGAUUGCUUCUCCAAGUUCAUAUGCUGCUAAAGUAACACUUCUGGAAACUCAAAUUGUAGCCCUAUCUGGUCAGAAAGCCCAAGCUGCAUUCGUUCUUGAGUCUCUGGCUCCAGAGGCUAAAGACUGUGAGAUUUGGUUGACACUUGCCAAACUCCAUUCGGAAAUAGGAAAAGAUGAAAAUGUCUUAACUGAUUUAAUGGAGGCUGCUCGUUGUGAACCAUAUUUUUGGGAGACCUUUAUGCUCCUGGGGAAUUACUACAAAGGGUUGUCUUCUGCAGCAGCGCUGGAUAAAGCCAGACGGUGCUAUCAGAAAGCCUUGCAGCUCAAUCCCAAGUCUGUGGAAGUUGGUAAACACCUUAGUGAUGUCCUUCUCCUUCUCCAUGAUGUUGGUAGUAAUAUUCAGCUGCUUGACAUGUUGACUCAAGCGAGUAAUGCCAAAUGGAUUUGGCUUCGGCUGGGAUUACUGCAUACAGAAAGUGGCGAGGUAGAGAAAGCCAUCACCUACUUGUGCAAUGCUGUUCGCAGUGAUCCUGCAGACUGUCGUGUUUGGGAAAGCCUUGGUGAUGCGUAUAUGUUCCGCGGAGCUUGGCAUGCUGCACUGAAGUCUUACCAGAAAGUAAUGCAGUUGUCUCCGGGAAAUAUUUAUGCUGCUUUUCAAAUAGGAACUGUUAAACUGAGGAUGGAAGAAUAUGAAGAUGCUCUGGUUGCAUUUAGGCAGCUCUUAGAAUUGUCUCCUGAUUAUGUACCUGCAUUGCAAGGUCAGGGCGAGGCAGCAUUUUGCUGGGCUCAAGUAUUAAGAAAAGAGCACCGUCUAGGCUGUGCCCGAGAUCGAUGUCAAGAAGCGAUUGAUGCUCUCACCAAGGUUUUGAAUCAGCGCAGAGAUUUGUCUUGCACUUGGAAACUCCUAGGUGAUGCCUGCCUUCUAGGAGCUAAGCUACCAGCUUCAUACACAAACUUUCAUUUGACGGAAUGGCUUGUCUGCCAAGGUGCAAAUUCUAGUGGUUCAAAGACUGUCAUGCUCAAGAAAAUGGACAUGUUUCCUUUGGCAGAAAGGAUGUUCUGUCGAGCUAUGUCAAUCAGCCGAGAGGAUAGUCUGCUCUGGCAUGAUCUAGCAUCAACCAAUUUCUGGCAUGCUAUGGCAAUUCCUCCAUCAAGCAAACGCAGUGAUAUUCUACAGCGCGCCAUGACAGCCGCACGUCGUGCCGUCAGCCUCAAUUCUAAGAACUCCCUUCAUUGGAAUUUGCUGGGCGUAAUAGCAGCAUCAGAAGAAAUAAAACAGAGAGCAGUUGCUCAGCAUGCUUUUAUCCAAUCGAUCCUUCUGGAUAAUAGCAGUCCAAUUCCCUGGACAAACCUCGGCACCUUGUAUUUAAUUCUUGGUGACAUAACACUAUCAAAUAAAGCCUUUAGUGCAGCCCAAAGAGUAGAUCAUGACUACACUAGGUGCUGGGUUGGCCAGGCUAUGAUUGCUGAAGCAUUAAACCAUCAUGAAACCAUGGAUCUAUUUAGACAUGCAGCAUCUUUAGAAUAUCACCAUGAAAGUUGUUCUGGCUAUGCUCACUGGGUUUUGACAAAUUUGCUUGACAAAGAAAAAGUUGCAAAUAUUGAAACAGCUGAACAAAAUAUGACUCUUAAAGAUAUGAAGAAUAUGUUUGCUAUUGAAGUAGCAUCUGAUUGUAUGAAGUGGUACACAGAACGGCAUCAAACAGACCCCUGUGGCUGGAAUAUGUUAGGGCUGCUGCUAGAAAGACAAAACAUGUUCCGAAGUGCUCAAACAGCGUUCCAAAAGGGCUUUGAAGAGGCUCUGUUACUAGGUGCUGAUUCUCAACACUUGGAUGCGAUACGUUGUAAUCUUGGUCGAGUUCUAACGAAUUUGCUAGACUAUGAUCAAGCCAUCAAUACUCUCCAAAAAGUCAAUGCUCCUACAUUUGCAUCUCAGUCAGCCUUAGCUUUGGCUCUGUUUAAGGCUCAAAAAUUUGAGGAGGCUUAUGAAACAUAUAAUGGGGCACUGGAAUGGCUGGCUCCUGAUGAAGAAACCAAAGCCUUUAUUCUUAUGGCUAUGGCGGCUAUGCAGUAUAGUUUCAACCAGGUGGACCAAUGCAAAACAUUGCUGUUUCAAAGCAUUCAGCCCACACCUUUGUCAGCUCAUCCAUUGUUGGCUCUUUGUGCUAUUGGUUUAUUACAUCAAGACAUUGCCAUGUCCAAAAUCAUGCUCAAGGAACUUGCGCGGUUCAAAGAUGACCCAAGGUAUCUGACACACAUUGGACUACUAGCUGCAUAUACUUCAUUCCUUCAGGGUGACCAGAAGGGAGCAAUACGAGCUCUGGCUAAAGCAGUGCACAGACACCCAGGAGAAGGGUCCUUGUGGCUUUCCCUGGCUCAAGUGCAAAUGCAUGCUUAUCCCAAGUGUGAUGCGAUGGCUAUCGGGCGCACUGCUGAUGCUGCCUUAUUUUUAGGAAGGUCCCACAUGGAUAUUUCCAAGGUUCAAGCGCUUGUCAGCGUAGCACAUUUACUUCUAGGUGAUGGCGUACCAGCUGCACUAAGUUCUCAGAAGGCAGUCCACCAGUACCCUAACGUUGCGGAGAACUGGUCGACUUUAGUAGCAUCUGUGCUGCCGCAAAAUAAGAGCCUAGAGCACGCAGCGCGCCUGAGAGACAUCAUCAGCCAUGUUCGCCGAAGACUGCAACCCUCGGCAGGUGGCCUCAAGAAAUGGCUUGGCAAUUGUGAACACCACCUAACCAGUCUGGCCCCUGAGUAAAGUUUGGUUGUGAUUUUUUUAAAAUCUUGUAUUUAAUAUUUGUUAAGAUUUU